AAACAUUGGUAGCAUUUGACCCCGGAAAGAACCACACAAAAAUUCUCCAUUCCUCAAUUGGACCUUUGGACCUGCCCAGGUCAUCUAGGUAUUUACUAGGUACCCGACCGAAUAAAGGAACUUGGGUGGACACAUCAUCAUGCGUUAUGAAGUUUAUCUGUAAAACAUACUUCAUAAUCCAUAACAAUCCAUAACAGUCCAUAAUAAAUACCCUCUCUUUCCCUAGCAACCUUCUACUACGUAGAAAGUUUGUAAGUAAACAGCAAUUAAUCAUCAUCACAUCACAUCCGAAACCAAAUAUUACUUAUUUGAUCCUACAAACUGCUCGCUGAUCCAAUUAACAAUCUCUGUCAACAGUCAGUAAUUUUGCAAGUUGACGACCUGAUCGCAAAUCAACCUCAACUCAAAUUAGCUGGACUCCACCUAAAUCCGUCUGUAUAUUUACAUAUUCCGAUUUCGCAGCGCGCAACCUGCAACCUGCAACUAUGCCGCGAGGCAAGUCAAAAGAAACGUCUUCGACGAGACGAGUGACGCCGCCGUCACCUACCUACAUGAACAAUGACCAGUUUGCUGCUUACCUAGCAAAUCUCCGAGAUAAUCGCGUCACUCGACCAGGAGGAGCACGUCCACUACCACAAUCGUCCAUACCGCGCCAUGAUUCCACAGCUCGCCUUGCUACGGAACGAGUUUCUACGGGCCGCCCAUCCCUUGGAAGUACAUCUCUCCUAUCCGACGCCUCUAGUAGCCAUAUAAGAACACACUCCGAUAGCCCGAAGCCUCGAGGUAGUCGCCCAAGUUUCGCCCCCAGUAUAGUUUCUCGAGCAUCUAGGUAUUCUACCCUGACCUCUACUACUGGGAAAGAUUACUACCCGGAGAAUCCUGCCACUGCCCCUCCUCCACUCAGGCCUAACGAAGUUGUUCCCACUGCCACCUACAUGGAGCGUGGACAGCGGUGGAUGGAGAAGGAAGAGGCCGUCUCGAUUCGCGAUGCGAUGGAAGUUAUGGAUGCUAUGGAAACUUUGAAACUCCAUGAGCAGGACAAGGGAAAACAACCCGCCGGCGAACAAGACGAUGACGAAUCUCGACUCUACAACGCCGCUCUAGACGAGGCAGCCGAAUUAGUUUGGCAGCAUCAACAUGGAGUAAAGCCACCGGAGCCUGGUGCUCCGUACCGCUACAAGCCACACCUGCGAAAGGAUAGCUAUGCCCAUGCUCGUACCGCUAGUAGCGGACGAUAUGGCAGCGAAAUCGGCGCCACAGGUCUUGCAAGAGACUCUAUUCGAUCCUUUUCUGGAAGCUCAUCUAGUAGCGACAGAGCGCCCUCGCCAGAGAGUGCUCGGAAUAGUCUGGAUCAACAGAGGACGCAUUCCAUAGGAUCGCAGAAGUCAAAGUCGUACGGUUCACUAAGUGGUGCGGCGCGGUCAAGCUCUGGCGGCCGCCGCCUCAGUAGUUUGAAGCGCAACAUCAGUGGAGAGGUCGAGAAGCCAUUCUCAGGAGAUCAAAUCUGGGAAGAGCCGGAGAGCACUACACCCGAACGCAACCCAAGGCAACCCCGUCUACCAGCGACCACACAACCUCUUGGACUCAAGUCAAGGGGUAUUCCCAACAGAGUUCAAUUCGCUCCUACUACAACUUCGGAUUAUGCCUCUCCCGAAUCAUCGGUACCCGCCAAACCCCUAUCAAGAUUUGAGAUUCAUAAGAACCCGCCAUCGCAAUCUCGCAACCCUGGCUACACGACAAACAGCCACAGCCAUUCCAACUCCCCACGGUCUUCUCAGGAGAGCAUUCCCACGAAGAAUGGCGUGGAGAUCCGUGGUGAUGAUAUUAAGCAAGCAACUACAAUGCGGCUCAAGGACCGCAGUGCGAAACUCCCCACUCCGUCGGCCGUCAGUGACAGCCCCGGACGUCCAAUCGUAAGCUUUGACAAAAACUGGAAGCCCCCGGAGAAAGAGGCGACUGAUUCAAAGUUAGAAGAGUCCAAGCCCAGCGCCAGCAACCAACGCCGAGUCGGACCUUUCGGGGUCGUCGGAAAAGAGCGUGCGGGUACACAAAGUCCGCAGCCGUCUGUCCCUGCUAUCGCAGUUACGGAGGCUGCUGAGGCCUCGAAGCCGUCCCCAGCUUCACGGCCUUCUGCCCGCGCGCCGUCCGUCCCAAGUAUUCAGGUAGAUGGGGCGGACGACGGUCCUACGGUGCCGGUCAUUUCCGUUUCGGGCGAUGGCCCAGCUGUACCGACAAUCAUGUUACCCGAUGACGACAGUAACAGCGGCAGCAAUGCACCUGGCAUCCCAACUAUAGUUGCUCCCGACGAGAACCGAAAACCUUCGGCUAGACCGUUACCAAACCCCAAGGCACUUAAUAACGUGCGAGGACGCCCUCGAAGCCAUUGGUCCCCUGCACCAGGAGCAGUUGGUCGACGUGCGUCGGCAGUCUGUCAUGAAUGUGGGACUCCUAUCGAAGGUCGCUUCGUUGCUCUAGCGGGAAGCUCAGAGAGGUUUCACCCGCAGUGCUUCCGUUGCUACGCGUGUGGGACGGCGCUUGAGGCGCUCGAGAUUAGCCCAGAGCCGGAUAACUUCCGGGGUGAGCGGCUUGAUCGUAUCCGUCGCAGAGCAGCGGGCGAGAUCCUAGACGAGGAGCCAGGACAGACGAUGGCGGAGGACGGAGACGACCGAUUACGGUUCUACUGCCAUCUCGACUGGCACGAACUUUUCGCGCCGCGAUGUAAACACUGCAAAACCCCGAUCCUUGGGGAGCAUGUGGUAGCGUUAGGCGCGCACUGGCACUACGGGCACUUCUUCUGCGCGGAGUGCGGCGACCCGUUCGAACGGGGCGCGACGCACAUCGAGAAGGACGGGUACGCGUGGUGCAUCAACUGCCAGACGAAGCGGACGGAACGCCGGGCGCCUAAGUGUAAGGGCUGUCGCACGGCGGUCAUCGGCCAGUACGUCCGGGCACUCGGCGGCGAGUGGCACGAGGAAUGCUUCCGCUGCGCGACGUGCGGGGGCGGCUUCGACGACGGCCAGAUCUUCCCCAUGAGAGACCGCGGCGACUUGGUGGUGCUGUGCACCGCCUGCCGCUCCGCCGAACUCAAGAUGUGAUGAUGAAUUUUUACGAGUUUUAUGAUGGACGGGUUUGACGAGCUAAAUCGAGAGUGCAAGACCCGCGGGGGUUUUUCAGAACAUAUCGGUGUUUGCUGCUUUUUCGCUUUUGCUUUUGCGGUCCAUGGUUUAGGUUGUCAGGACAAGUAAUGCUUCGGGGCGAGAAUGAAUCGGGUUUUUUGCUUUUUUGCUUUUUGAGUCGUUGGUGGCGUUGUGUGUGUGUGUUUUUAUUUGAUUUCUUGUUCGGAGUUUGGCAGACACGCAAAGCAGAGCAAAGUGAAAACAGGCAGGCAAGGCAAGCAUGGCAGACAGCAAACAGUUCAGUUCGGAAUACAGAGAUUUGCAUGGUUUGAUGAUUCGAUUUACUAUCUACUGCCUAGAUGUGUAUUUUGUGUACUGUGCUAUGUUUUGCUUUGAUGUGGUGUGAUAUGUUCUAGGUUAUUCUUGAGGUUUUCAGCUGUGCUGUAUUUUAGGCAUCCAUCGGUCUCCGCAUCUCCUAUUUUUGCCUCUAUCGCCUAUUUCCGAGAUACGUUAGAUCUAUCGAGUACAUCCAUAGUAGUGAUUGCAUAUUUGUUGCCCC